ACGAGUUCAUGCCAACUCCACCGACUUGUCCAAAGCCGGCAAAGCCCCGGAAACACAACUUGGUGAUCGUUGACCCCGAGAAGAUGUUGAGGGAGAGGAACCUCAUGCGUGGAGAUUUCGCACCAGGUCGCCCACCAGGUCAUGUUCCUGAAAGUUGCCAACAACCGCCUUGCCGCUCAGAUAGCUGCCCCUAUCAAAGGACACCGUACGACGUCUACGCACGAUGCCUAUGAAAGUGAAUGUGGCCCAACCCCUUCUUCCUCAGUGCAUAGUAGCUCUGCAGUGCCAUCCAAACGUAGUGAUCAACGCUACGCUUAUGGACAGAGUGCAGCAGACAACUACCGUGCACAUCCGGAACAAGUUGAUAGCUAUAACCGCGCUCAAGCCGGCCACCAGUCAACAUCGUCGCAUAAUGUUACUGCGGCACCAUCCAAACGUAGUGGUGUACCCCUGUAUAACCAACGCUACGUUUAUAAAAAUGCAGAUUAUUAUGACACAAGUCCGCAACACGCCUAUGAUAACCACUAUGCAGAACAAGCAAGUGCAUUUAUAUAUGAAAACGGACCAUUGCCCCCUCAAGACGCCUUUGAACGGCACUAUGAUGUCCAUAAAACAUCAUCCAGCCCUAUUGAUGUUUCAGCAUCACCCGUACGUAGUGGCGUUACAUUGUACGACCAACGCGUACCAGCAGAAUAUCUUCGCGCGUGUCCACGGAACGAGGAAAGCCAACCAUCUCACCUACGAACGACUGUACCAGACCAGGCUAAGGAAUGGCGCCAGGACCACAACAAUCGUGUCCACAUGGCAAACGAAAGGGUCCAGCAAGAAUAUGUUGACUUGCCACGCUUUGAUUAUUACUAUGAGCCAGAAUCGGUCUCAUCACAGGGUGAGAUCGAUCUUGAUGCAAAACGCCAGCAGAUGCAUGCUAGAAAAUGCAUCGAAAAGCGGAGAAAGGAGGCUCUCCUUAAGAAAGCUGCUGAGCUUCAAGCAGCAAAUCAGGCUGGUACCAACGUUCGAAUGCCCCCUGGAUCAAACCAUGUGUACAAGCCUACUCCACCAACCACACGCUAUCCUGGUGAUGGCAUGACAGGGAAAGAGACCAGCUAUUCUGCUAAAACUGAGAAGCAGCAACUUAUCCCAAGAUGCAUCAAACCCACACACGGACCAACUAUUCGUGUCGAGCCCCAGCUGACCUGGAAUGCAUCCGCAGCCAAGCGAGGUCUUGGAUUCAAAUCCAAGCUCCGACGAGAGCAGGAAGAAGCUGCUAGGCAGAAUAAGACCACGGACAACAAUGACGCCCCAAGGGGAGCCGCUCCAUCCACGCCCCAAUUGUCAGAGGACGCGAGGAGAAGGUGGAGAAAUAAGACCAUCGGCAAUCAACCCUAGAUUUGAAAAACAAAAUAACAUUAUUAACUUUUAUUAAUUAUUAAUUAUUUAUUAAUUUAUUAUUAACAUUAUAAAUUAACAUUAUUUUUUCCCCAAAAUUUCAAAAUAUAUUCAAAAUCCUAUCACUUAAAAAUAUCACAUUUCUUUUUUUAUAUACGCUGAAAAUGUUUCACAAUUUGGCUUCUGAUAAAAAAGAAGAUAUUUUUCUCCACUGCCGUAAAGAUGCUUACAUUUUGA